UGAGCAAAUGAUGCUUAUAAAGGGCUAGAAAGUUCUGGUUGGUGCUCAUGAACUUGGAGAAGAAUUGAACAGUUGCCAGGAUGAUGAAACCCUCUCUUUUCCUUGCGCUGCUGCUCCUGCACUCAGCCUACACCUAUGAGAAUGUGGCCCUGCGCGGAAAAGCAACCCAGUCACACCGUGGGUUGCAAACCGGUGGAGCGGCCUACAACGCCAUUGACGGAAACCGGAACGGUGACAUCAGUACUGGAUCGUGCUCCUUCUCCACUGUACAGACCAGACCCUGGUGGAAGGUGGACCUGCUAGAGUCCUACAUCAUCACCGCCAUCACUAUUACCAGCAGGUCAGACUGCUGUGCAGAGGGACUCAACAACUUGGAGAUCCAUGUAGGCCAAUCAAAGGUUGCUACUAUUGCCACAAUUGGUCUUAAUGAAUCUUUCACUCACUCCUUUCAUGAACGUGUAGAGGGGCGUGAGGUGACUUUAGAGCUGCCUGGUGACAACCGGCUCCUCGUACUUUGUGAAGUGGAAAUCUACGGGUACCGAGCACCAACUGGAGAGAACCUUGCACUCAAAGGAAAAGCCACCCAGUCAUCAACCUAUGAUUUUAAUAGCAAUGCAUAUAAUGCCAAUGAUGGGAAUCCUGACAGCUCAUGGGAAGCUGGAUCCUGCUCUUGCACCACAGGCAUGGUUAACCCCUGGUGGAGACUGGAUCUGAUCAAAACCCACAAAAUAUUUUCUGUAAAGGUAACAAACCGCAACACGGUCGCCUCACGCCUGGAUGGAGCUGACAUUCACAUCGGAGAUUCCCUCGACAACAAUGGAAUGAACAACCCCAGGUGUGCUGUUAUUGACAGCAUCCCGGCUGGUGGUACUGCUGAGUUCCAGUGUAAUGGGAUGGAUGGUCGGUACAUCACCAUCGACAUCCCUUUGAGAGAGGAGUACCUGACCCUGUGUGAGGUGGAAGUUUAUGGUUCUGUCCUGGAUUAGGAUCAUAAUAACUUAGCCAUCACUGAUUUAUGUACUCAUAUGAGUCUGAGACAUACGUACAUGAGGCUUCAGUUUAUCUGAACAAAAAAAUUAUCAAUAAAAAUCUUUUCAGCCUGAUAAAA